AUGGUUAAAAUAGGUUUUAAUGAUGAAUUGGAAGAACAAACAAGAUAUCUUAGUGUAGAAAUAAUGUAUGCUUUUGAUGAUAUUGCGAUAAAAAGGGUAAAAAGGAGCAUUCUAGGAAGACUGUUUCAUGUGUUGAUGCAGAUGAUUUCACUUGUCUCGGAUAAAACGUGUUAUUAUCUUCUCGGAGAAACUUUUAUGCAGAGGAUUUCACUGGUAAGGGGUGAAAAACUCCGUAUGCCUAUAAUAUUCAAGAUAAUACCAGAGGAUAUGGCUUCAUCAGAUUGGCUGAAACGAUAUACAGCAGUUACAAUCAUUGGUGCCAUUUCAAAAGGAUGUGCAAAGGCCUUGAGCGAUAAUCUUGCUGAAGUGAUGAAGGUGCUCACGAAAUCACUGAAUGAUUCCUCUCCCGAUGUUAUGUUUGCUUCUAUCAAAACAGUAAAAGCUAUGAGUGUAGAGCUACCUCCACAUACGCUAGAUCAACGUGCUAACUUACUUAUUACUUGGCUGCUUUUGGCACUUUCAUAUGGCAGCAAACCCGUCAAACAGCCUGCUGCUGCUUCGGCGAUGCGUUCUCUUUGUGAGAAUUGCAGUUCAAGCAUCGUAGAACCUCCCUUGGAAUCAAUUGUGAGCAGAUUACUUGAACUCCUCCAGGAUUUCUUCUGUAAUGGCUAUGAUUUGAUCAUCACCUCCCCAAAAAAACAUCUAGCUGGUGCGACAAGUAAAUCGCUGAGAGACAAUUCUGUUGAAUGCAUUUGGACAGUUGGAAUGGCUGUUGCAAAAGAUAUAUUCAACAAAGAUGCUACAGAGGCCGUGGCCCUUCUCUUGUAUGUGCGAUGGUAUUUAGGGGAGGAUGGUCACAGUUUGAAAGUUAACCUUCUACGAGCAUGGGAGCAGCUCCUUAUAUGUCUCAGAUCCCAUUUUCAUCCAUACGUGAAAGAUCUUAUGCCUGAUCUGCUCCGCUCUGCUAGACUUGGCUCAAAUAGCAAAACUUUCGAUUGAGAAUAAACAAGCUCAUGGCCCUACAAAUUCCUAUCUGCACAAACUAGUGCUCCUAUUUGUACCGUCUCUGCUAGAAGCUCUGGAUGAGGAAACUGACGGUGAAGUUUGUGCAAAGAUAGUGAAAUCAUUAACCAAAUGCAUUGAGAUUGCUGGAGGAUUUCUUAGCAAAAAGAAGAAGAUUCAGCAGACAGCUAAUGCGAUAGACCAGGUUCUCAAAGCAACAUCAAGAAAACAUUUUUCACAAGAGGAAGAUGUGACUGAUCUCGAAAAGAAUGGUCAUUGGAAAGGUCCGUAGGCACUAUGACCUCUGAAUAUUUCUGAUCGAUUUCUUGUAGGUUUGUUAAACCCUUUUUGGUACGGAUUGUAUAAUACAUCCGUAUAUUGAUGGAGAUAUACAAGGAAAGCUCCAAUACUUUGGUCGACAAAUUUUUGGCAUGUAUAAGAGCUAUGAUGAGAAAUGAUGCGACAGCAAAAGAGAAGGAAAUUGGACUUUUAACCUUCAAUGAAAUCUCUCUGAAAUGUAAAGAAGCUGCUAGUAGGUAACUUGCAUGAUCUUCUCCAUUGAACACAUUUGCAUGUUGAUAUCUUAUAGACAGCGGAAUUUUCCUAAAGCAAGUAUCGUUUAUGUUGUAAACGUCUUCUAUUUGGAUAAAUGUAAGGAUUUGAUUAUAUGAAUCAAGAAUUCAUUGGUCCUAA